AAAAAAACCCCUCGAAAGCCGAAAGAAUUCCCCUCGCUCGAGGGGUGGAAAAGAAGCGGAAGCGGAGACGAGCGGAGAGGAAACCCUCGCCUCCGGCGCACGCCAUGGUGGAGACUCGCCGGAGCUCCGCCGCCGCGGCCGCCGGGAAGCGCCCGUCCCCGUCGCCGUCCUCCUCGUCCGUGCCUCCCCCGAAGCGGCCCAAGGCGGAGGCCCCUGCGUCGCCGACGGCGUCCGCGCCCGGGAGGGCCGAGGAGGAUUCCGCCCCCGCGGCCCCCGCGAGGAGCGCCGGCUCAGCGGAGGACGCGGCGGCGGCAGCGCAGAAAGAUCAAGGAGCGGAUAAGCCAUCUGGUACGGCGGCCGAGAGUUCGAAGAGGAGGAAGGAGCCGGAGCAACAGCAGCCUGUGGCGCCAUGGGCGAAGCUGCUAUCGCAGUGCUCACAGACUCCUCACCAACCCAUCAGUGCUCCUCAAUUUUCUGUUGGCCAAAGCAAAAGCUGUAAUUUAUGGCUGAAAGACCAACCUGUUAGCAAAACGCUUUGCAGGCUGCGGCGCCUUGAGCAAGGAGGCCAAUGUGAGUUAGAAGUUGUAGGCAAGAAGGGUUCGGUCCAAUUAAAUGGAAGAUCCAUAAGUCCAGGCACAAAAGUUCCCCUUACAGGAGGUGAUGAAGUCAUAUUCAGUUCAUGCCGCAAUCAUGCUUAUAUUUUUCAGCAUCCUUUGAACGACAAAGUUCACAAGGCGGUGCCAUCAUCUGCUGUUAGCCUGUUAGAACCUCCGGUUGCUAGUGCCAAGCGCAUCCGUACAGAUAAAAGAACACCAGACACUUCAUCUUUUGCUGGUGAAGAGAUGUUGGCUUUUAUUUCUGAUCAGCCGAAGGAUGUAUCAGCAGUACCUCCUGCUGAGAAUAGCCAAAGAGUAGUGCGGCCAAUGGCCUCGUCUGCUUCGGAUAAAUCAAAAGGGCGCGCCGUCAGCCCUGAUAAGGAAUGUGAGAAUGGGGAAAAUGCUAACGAAGUUAAUUCUAACAUUGAAGACUCUUCAAUGGAUGUGACUGCUGCUCCCGUGUCUCCUGAUGCUGCUGCAAAUGAUACCUGUCUACAAAAUGGCUUUGGGCCUGAUGCUCAUCUUGGUGCAGAAAUCGGUAAGAUUGCAACCUAUAAGAUAAGGCCAGUUGUGAGGAUGUUUACAGGAUCAACUGUACCCGAGUUCGAUUUGACUGGUGAUGUUUUUAAAGCUCUUGAAGAUCAGAGGGAUAUCAUCAGGGAUCUUACGACCAGUGUGCCUCCAAGUAGAUGUCAAGCCUUUAAGGAUGGGAUGAAACAAGGAAUUAUUAGUCCAAGUGAUAUUGAUGUUACCUUUGAGAAUUUUCCUUAUUAUCUCAGUGAGAAUACAAAGAAUGUGCUCUUAUCAUGUGCAUACAUACACUUGGAAAAGAAGGAGUUCAUCAAGCAAUUUGCUGAGAUUUCAUCAAUAAACCAGCGAAUUUUGUUAUCUGGUCCAGCAGGUUCUGAGAUUUAUCAGGAAACAUUGGUAAAGGCACUGGCCAAACAUUUUGGUGCUAGACUCCUCGUUGUGGAUUCACUUUUGCUGCCUGGGGCACCUUCAAAGGAUCCAGAAUCCCAGAAAGAUGUUGGGAAGUCUGAUAAAUCAGGGGAUAAGGCAGCGGGUGAGAAGUUUGCAAUAUUUCAGAAGCAUCGUUCUUCGUUGGCAGACGCUGUUCACUUCAGGAGGCCAGCCGCACCAACUUCAAGUGUGAAUGCUGAUAUUGUGGGAACAUCCACUCUGCAUUCUGCAUCACUACCCAAACAAGAAUCGUCAACAGCUACAUCGAAGAGCUAUACUUUCAGAGAAGGUGACAGGGUACGGUAUGUUGGUCCAGCUCAGCCAUCCUCAUUGUCACAAAGGGGACCAAGUUACGGUUAUCGAGGUAGAGUGAUGCUUGCUUUUGAAGAUAACGGAUCCUCAAAAAUUGGUGUCCGAUUUGACAAGCAAAUCACUAAUGGUAAUGAUCUUGGUGGGUUGUGUGAGGAAGAUCAUGGUUUCUUCUGUUCUGCUGAAUUACUUCGCCCAGACUUUUCCGCUGGUGAAGAAGUUGAGAGGCUAGCUAUGACUGAGUUAAUUGAGGUCAUUUCAGAAGAAAACAAAUCUGGACCUCUUAUAGUGUUACUUAAGGAUGUUGAGAAAUCAUUCACUGGAAUUACUGAGUCACUUUCAUCUUUGAGGAGCAAACUCGAAUCGCUUCCAUCUGGUGUCCUUAUUAUAGGAUCCCACACCCAGAUGGACAGCCGCAAAGAGAAGGCACAUCCUGGAGGUUUUCUUUUUACGAAGUUUGCCAGUAGCAGUCAGACACUUUUUGACCUUUUCCCGGAUAGCUUUGGUAACAGAUUGCAUGAAAGGAACAAAGAAAGUCCAAAGGCAAUGAAACAUCUAAAUAAACUUUUCCCCAACAAAAUAUCUAUCCAGCUUCCACAGGAUGAAGCUCUACUUACAGAUUGGAAGCAGCAGUUGGAUCGUGAUGUUGAAACCCUUAAAGCCAAAUCAAAUGUUGGUAACAUUCGCGUGUUUCUUAACCGCAAUGGAAUUGAAUGCAAUGACCUUGAAGAAUUAUUCAUCAAGGACCAAUCACUGAGUAAUGAAAAUGUGGACAAGAUCGUUGGGUAUGCAGUGAGUUAUCACCUUAAGCACAAUAAAGUUGAAACCUCCAACUCCAAGGAUGCUAAACUUGUACUCACAAGUGAAAGCCUCAAGCAUGGGCUCAGCAUGCUACAGAGCAUGCAAAGCGAUAACAAGAGCUCCAAAAAAUCACUGAAGGAUGUUGUCACAGAGAACGAAUUUGAGAAAAGGCUUCUGGCGGAUGUUAUACCACCUAAUGACAUUGGAGUUACCUUUGAUGAUAUUGGAGCCCUGGAGAAUGUAAAGGACACAUUAAAGGAGCUGGUGAUGCUCCCUUUACAAAGGCCUGAAUUGUUUUGCAAAGGGCAGUUAACAAAGCCUUGCAAGGGAAUACUGCUUUUUGGACCUCCUGGCACUGGGAAAACUAUGCUUGCUAAAGCAGUGGCAACUGAAGCGGGCGCUAAUUUCAUCAAUAUAUCAAUGUCGAGCAUUACAUCAAAGUGGUUUGGUGAAGGAGAGAAGUUCGUAAAGGCUGUUUUCUCACUAGCAAGUAAAAUAGCCCCCAGUGUUAUAUUUAUUGAUGAGGUUGAUAGUAUGCUAGGAAGGAGAGAGAAUCCAGGAGAGCAUGAAGCGAUGCGCAAGAUGAAAAAUGAAUUUAUGGUAAACUGGGAUGGGCUACGAACUAAAGAUAAAGAGCGUGUACUGGUUCUUGGUGCUACAAAUAGGCCUUUUGACCUAGAUGAGGCUGUGAUUAGGAGGUUCCCCCGCAGGUUAAUGGUAAACUUACCUGAUGCAUCAAAUAGGGAGAAAAUUUUAAAAGUAAUUUUGGCAAAAGAAGAGUUGGGACCAGAUGUUGAUCUGGACUCACUUGCCAAUAUGACUGAUGGAUAUUCAGGAAGCGACCUGAAGAAUCUGUGCGUGACAGCAGCGCAUUACCCUAUUCGAGAAAUUCUGGAGAAGGAAAAGAAGGAGAAGAAUUUAGCCAAAGUGGAAGGAAAGCCUGAGCCUUCAUUGUAUGGCAGCGAGGACAUUCGUCCCCUUAGCAUAGAUGACUUCAAAUCUGCCCAUGAGCAGGUUUGUGCGAGUGUUUCAUCUGAUUCAGCAAACAUGAAUGAGCUUCUUCAAUGGAAUGACCUGUACGGUGAAGGCGGGUCAAGGAAGAAGAAAGCACUGAGCUACUUCAUGUGAUGGCAUGAGCAUAAAAUCAGAAGGAUGACAAUCGUGCCAUAUUGUACAGCCAUCAUAGAGACACCCCGAUGGCAUGUGCGUCGCGACUUGGCCGCCCCUAAACCAAUUGGGUUUUUCCAACUCUCCCCAGUAGCCGUGGCCGGCUGUCAUCCUUCCGCCCGGUGUAAUUAAAAUUGUGUACCGAGUCAUCUGAGUUCGAUUACCAGCUGUUUGAGGUUCCAGAGUUAUUAAGUUAUGCCUCCAUUGCCCCUCUCCAUCCUAUUCCUCUAUUUCUGCCGUUAGUAAGUUAACUUUGUUGCAGCCAUUGUCCUUGGACUUUGGCUAUAGGCCUUUGUGUACCUCUGUACAUGUGAAAUGAAGGGACAUGGGAAAUAAAGACAUCUUCGUCCUGUUGUUGACAGUAUGGUACAGUAACUUUUUGCAUACAGUGAGUGGCCAUGGGUUGAAUUGGACUUGUGCCAUCAUAAGAAUUAUGAAAAAGGCGCCUGUGCGGUCGUUGAAAUUUAUUUGUAUCUUGAGUUGAUUGUG